GCGGAAAGUAAACAAAACAAUUCAAGGAUUGUGUUAUUGUGAAGGGAAGCGAAAAAAGAUAUUUUUUUGAUAGUUUUUAAAGACUGUAUCAAUACUUUCAAUCUAGAUAGUGUUUUCUAAAUGCUCGAUUGAUUAGAAUUGUCGUGUACAUAUGAUAUUGAUAUCACAGUCUUUCCGUGACAAUGAAGCUGUACUGUCUAAGCGCCCAUUCAAACAAACCAUGCAACAUUCUUCAAUUCAAAGAAGUGACCAUCAUGCUCGACUGUGGCCUAUGGGCAGCGUCGGUGAUGAACUUCCUGCCUUUGCCCUUGGUUCCAAGUCAGAGAUUAAACAGCCUCAGCAGCUGGAUGCCUCGAGACUGCUCAGACCCUCAAUUGGAAGGGGAAUUGAAAGAGUGUGCUGGUCGAAUUUUUAUCGACUCUCCUCCCGAGUUUGGAGUUCCAGCGAGCAAUGUCGUCGACUAUUCACAAGUUGAUGUCAUUCUCAUCUCCAAUUACUCUUGUAUGUUGGCCUUGCCCUUCAUAACAGAAGGAACAGGUUUUCACGGAGUUGUGUAUGCUACGGAGCCAACUCUGCAAAUUGGAAGACUAUUCCUUGAGGAGUUGGUUCAAACAGUUGAGAGAAGUCCCAAGGCUGUUUUGGCCAAGCACUGGAAAACUCUCCAGCACCUUUUGCCAGGCCCUCUAAAGGACGCGCCUUUUCCCAAAGCUUGGAAGCAACUCUUCGACGCCAAAAGAGUUGCAGCAAGUUUGUCGAAAAUCCAAAUGGUCGGCUAUAAUGAAAAAUUAGACGUUUUUGGUGCAUUGACUGUGACACCUGUAAGCUCAGGGUACUGCUUGGGGUCCAGCAACUGGAUCAUCGCCUCUCCAUAUGAAAAGGUUGCUUAUGUGAGCGGUUCUUCCACCCUCACCACACAUCCUAAGCCAAUCGAUCAAAAUGCUUUGAAGAAUGCAGAUUUGUUGAUUUUGUCUGGCCUUACUCAAACCCCAGCCUCGAAUCCAGACUCCAUGCUUGGUGACCUGUGCGUCACAGCAGUUAUGACGUUGCGAGCUGGCGGCAAUGUGCUCAUUCCCUGUUACCCGAGUGGCGUUGUUUACGAUUUAUUUGAAUGCCUUUCAAUUCAUCUGGACACAGUGGGACUCUCUUCCAUUAAAAUGUUCUUCAUUUCACCAGUUGCAGAUAGUUCUUUAGCUUACUCAAAUAUUUUGGCAGAAUGGUUAUCUUCCGGGAAACAGAGCAAAGUUUAUGCCCCCGAAGAACCUUUUCCCCAUGCCCACCUGGUACAAACUGGACGUCUAAAGCAUUUCAAAAAUCUUUGGGCUAAAGGCUUUAGCACCGAGUACAGACAACCAUGUGUUGUUUUCUGCGGACACCCCAGUCUGAGAUUUGGAGAUUCCGUACAUUUUAUGGAAAUGUGGGGCUCCAAUGCUUUGAAUACAGUGAUUUUCACAGAACCUGACUUUUCUCAUGUGGACGCCGUGGCUCCUUUCCAACCACUGGCCAUGAAGGUCACCCAUUGCCCCAUUGACACAUCCUUAAACUUCUCUCAAGCCAACAAAUUGGUCAAAGAUUUACGACCAUCCUACGUUGCCAUUGCCUCAGCCCACCGAGAGCCACCUGUCACAGCACCACAUAGGAGCGACUUGAUCUUUGAAGCAGAUUGUCCAAUUCUCUCACUAAACAGAGGGGAAGUCAUAACAGUGCCUCUCAAAAGGCACAAGGAGCAACUGAAAAUUAGUCAACCUUUGGCUAAAACAAUCAGACCUACUGCGAUUCGACCCGGUCUCAACCUGGCCACUCUGACCUCAUCUCUCUCUGCGAGAGACAAUCAAUUCACAGUCAAUGUGGUCGAAGAUAUUCCUCAGAAACCGAUUGUGAUCGAGAAGGUGAUACCUUCUGGCAGCAAGCGACGAAGAGGCGUUCCGAGUGCAGUGCAGACCGUGGAAUUAACUCCGCCCUCGAUCAAGCACCGCAAACCUUCGUCAUACACCUGGGGCUCGUUGGACGUUGAUGACUUGCUGGCAAGAAUGUCCAGUGAGGGAAUUUUGGUUGCUAAGCCUGAGCCAGAUGCAAAUGGGAACUGUGUUAUUCAUUUGCCAAAAGAAGACACCAUUAUUCAAGUCGAGGUGAACUGCACUCACAUUUUCUGCCCAGACGAAGCACUGAGGCAAAAGCUGCGCUCCAUUCUCAUACGGAGCCUCAAUAAGUUUUAACAAAACACACAUCAAUCUAUGUUUUGUAUCAAAUGGAAUGAACAGAAGAUAUUAAGCAAUGGAAAGCGGAGCCGCCGUCGUUGGUGUGCAGCAUGCUUGGAGCGAGGAGUGCGACUGACGGACACUCGCUGACUGUUAGUAACACUGGAGGCGGUGUGCGCCGGCGAGAAUGCGGCUCGACCGCCACCGAGGUUCAAGGGCGAAAUCCUCUUUCUCUUUUCUCACAUUAUCUUAUCGGCUCCGGGGAAGGCAGAGCGUUUGUGGAAUAUUAGAUAAAUAGUCAUAUUAAAUUUUUCGGAUUUAAAUGCUUAGUUUUAUUAUUUAAAGAAAUGGAAUUCACAAAAAAAAUUACAAUUUUAUAAAACUUUUUAUGUGUUUCUAGUUCUCUUAAAUUUCUGGGUCUAUAAUAUCAAGAUAUUUAGAUGAUUUUGAAAUAUUAUCAGCCAGGUCUUAGCAGCAAAAAUAUAAUAAUCAAUAAUCCAACCAUUUCUGCCUCAACGCUACGCAAGCACGAGUUCAUUGAGAAAACUCACAAGUGCUACAUUAGCUCUUUUAAAUUCUUAAAAAUUUUUCUUAUCUUUAUAAUAGCUCAGAUCAAGGUGUUUUAAGGACUUUGAAAUUAUGAGACUAUAAGGAGGAAUUUCUUAUGAACAAAAGAAGCUGCCUAA